CAGCGGGGCGUGGCGGCGGGAGCGCGCCCGGGCGCGGCCCGGGUCCCUCGCGCGCUGCUGACGGGCCCGCGGCAGGAGGCGGCAGGUGCGGAGCGCGCGGCUCGCGGGGUCCUGUCGCCGGUGCUGCUGCUGUACAACCCCUCUUGUGCUGCAGAACUGAUCUAUAGACUGGGUCUGGCAAAAUGGGCUAGCGGCAAGCUCCUGCAGGUGCUGGCCUGAGAGGCACUCGGAAGGGUUCCGAGGCCGGGACACGGUGCUGCUCCGCCGCACCAGGCAGUACUGUGUUCCUGAGAGAGAGGAUUCGCACGGUGCUUGCUCCUUUGAGUUGCCUCUCCUCUAUACCCUUGAUUUGCAGAAGGCAUCUCAGAAUGUUGUGUCGAGCUGCUCUGAGCCCUCUUGUCCGUUCCCCUGGAUGGUGCUUUGUGUUACCGCCACAUGCCAUCGCAGCCAUUUCCCGUUUAUAUCUCCCUUGCUAUAGCCAAAGAUUAAGGAGUGAAUCCGUCCGUUGUUGGAGCAACAUUCCAUUUAUCACUGUGCCACUCAGCCGUGCACAUGGAAAAUCGUUUGCACACCGCAGUGAGCUGAAGCAUGCAAAACGGAUUGUAGUAAAGCUGGGUAGUGCUGUUGUUACUCGAGGGGAUGAGUGUGGCUUGGCCCUUGGGAGGCUGGCUUCUAUUGUAGAGCAGGUUUCAAUGCUGCAAAAUCAGGGCCGAGAGAUGAUGAUUGUCACUAGUGGGGCUGUAGCUUUUGGAAAGCAGCGGUUGCGUCAUGAGAUCUUGCUUUCUCAGAGCGUGAGGCAAGCACUUCAUUCAGGCCAGAGUCAGCUAAAAGAUAUGGCUAUUCCAGUCUUGGAGGCCCGAGCCUGUGCAGCAGCUGGGCAGAGUGGACUAAUGGCUCUGUAUGAGGCCAUGUUUACGCAGUACAGUAUCUGUGCAGCUCAAAUUUUAGUCACCAAUCUGGAUUUCCAUGAUGAACAGAAGCGUCGCAACUUAAAUGGAACAUUACAUGAGCUUUUAAGGAUGAAUAUUGUCCCUAUAAUUAACACUAAUGAUGCAGUUGUUCCACCUCCAGAGCCCAACAGUGAUCUGCAGGGGGUAAAUGUAAUUAGUGUGAAGGAUAACGACAGUCUGGCAGCACGACUGGCUGUGGAAAUGAAAACUGAUCUCCUGAUUGUUCUUUCAGAUGUAGAAGGACUCUUCGACAGCCCUCCAGGGUCUGAUGAUGCAAAGCUUAUUGACAUAUUCUACCCAGGAGACCAGCAGUCUGUAACAUUUGGAACCAAAUCCCGAGUGGGAAUGGGUGGCAUGGAAGCCAAGGUGAAAGCAGCUCUGUGGGCCCUGCAAGGAGGCACUUCAGUCGUGAUCGCAAAUGGAACCCACCCCAAGAUCUCAGGUCAUGUCAUCACAGAUAUUGUAGAAGGAAAAAAAGUUGGAACUUUUUUUUCAGAGGUAAAACCUGCAGGCCCUACUGUAGAACAGCAGGCUGAAAUGGCUCGAGCUGGUGGCAGGACCUUGGCGGCUCUACAGCCUGAGCAGAGAGCUGAGAUUAUUUAUCGUCUUGCUGACUUACUAACAGACCAGAGAGAAGAAAUUCUCUUGGCAAACAAAAAGGAUUUAGAGGAGGCUGAAAAUAAAGGGAGAUUAGCACUCCCUUUGUUGAAGCGCCUAAGUCUGUCUACUUCAAAGCUGAACAGCUUGGCUAUUGGUCUGCGUCAGAUUGCAGCAUCCUCGCAGGACAGCGUCGGCCGUGUAAUUCGACGAACUCGAAUAGCAAAAGACCUGGAUUUGGAGCAGGUGACAGUGCCAAUUGGUGUCCUUCUCGUGAUCUUUGAGUCUCGUCCUGACUGCCUUCCACAGGUGUCUGCUUUGGCAAUAGCCAGUGGAAAUGGCUUACUACUUAAAGGAGGGAAAGAGGCAGCACACAGCAAUCAAAUCCUUCAUCAUCUGACACAAGAAGCACUCUCUAUUCAUGGAGUCAGAGAUGCAGUGCAAUUGGUAAAUACAAGAGAGGAAGUAGAAGAUCUCUGCCGUUUGGAUAAGCUGAUAGAUCUCAUCAUUCCACGUGGUUCAUCACAGCUGGUCAGGAAUAUCCAGAAAGCUGCUAAGGGAAUCCCAGUGAUGGGUCACAGUGAAGGGAUCUGUCAUGUGUAUGUUGACACGGAUGCCAGUGUUGAGAAGGUCACACGAAUAACCAGAGACUCAAAGUGUGAAUAUCCUGCUGCCUGUAAUGCUCUGGAAACUCUCUUAAUUCAUCGAGACUUGCUGAGAACCCCGUUGUUUGAUCAGAUUAUAGACAUGUUGAGAGUAGAACAGGUAAAGAUUCAUGCUGGCCCAAAGUUUGCAUCUUACUUGACAUUCAGCCCUUCAGAAGUGAAAUCUCUGCGCACAGAAUAUGGGGACCUGGAGUGCUGCAUUGAGGUGGUGGACAGUGUUCAAGAGGCUGUUGAACAUAUCCACAAGUAUGGAAGUUCCCAUACGGAUGUUAUUAUCACAGAGAAUGAAAAAACAGCAGAGUUCUUCCUCCAGCAUGUGGACAGCGCUUGUGUUUUUUGGAAUGCCAGUACCCGAUUCUCUGAUGGCUAUAGGUUUGGACUGGGUGCUGAAGUGGGAAUUAGUACUUCGCGUAUCCAUGCACGUGGACCAGUGGGAAUUGAAGGACUCUUAACUACUAAGUGGUUGCUGAGGGGGAACAAUCACGUUGUUUCUGACUUUUCAGAGCAUGGGACCAUGAAGUAUCUUCACGAAAGCCUCCCUCUCCCUCAGAGAAAUGCCAACUAAAAACAGUGGGGAGAAAAAAAGGCAGUAUAAUUAUUUCCUGAAGAUGUUCAGGCUUCAGCAUAAUCUCUGGUGAAGGAGUUUGUUUUUCAUCUUCAGAAACAUUGUCCUUGGUCAUUUUGCAGUAAAAUGAAUACAAAAUGAUCCCAUCAAUGAGAAUUCCCCCUCUCCCCCUUUCAGUUUCCUUAGACAGUAUCUGUAAACUGACCUCACUUCUCCCAAAGAUAGAUUUUUUCAAAUCAUACAGGUAACAUAAGGAAGGAUUUUGGUAUCAACUACACGACUUUUUUAUCCCAGUGCUGCCUGUAGCAAGUGUGUUUGGUGGCGGAGCUUAAUUUUUUUUUUCUAAGUUUUGUUUUAUUCAGGUAUCUGUUCUGGAGAACAGACCCAGUGGUUUUGGUUUUGAUGGCUUUUCUCUUCAGUCUUAGGAUCAUGGCAUCUCUUGAGGGCCAAAGAGCUUUAUGCUUAAUUUCUUUGUAUUUGAUCAGUCUUGAGAUAGGGGGACAGAUGUUCCAAAUGUAUAGUAAGCUUUUGACCAAGAAACCUUUUAUAUCUAAUUCUUUGUAUUGUUGCUAUUGUAGAUAAAUAAUUGUCUGCUACAUUAAUUGUGUUAUUUAUUUGUAUCAAAGGUUUAUUUUUCUUUGGUUUUAUGUAAAACUUCAACAGCACUUUGAUGAUGGCUUGUCCAGAAUGAAGCUCUCCAUCUGCACGAAUGCUUCCCGUGGUGCACUGCAGCCCUGCUGCAUGGCUGGUGGUGGUGCUGCACCCUUUUCUCAGUCAUGGGGCAUCACGAUGGGGCACAGGGUGCCCCUCCCCUCUGAGCAGAUGCCAAGGGCCAGUGGACAUGGGUGAGGCGAGUGAGGGGCCUUGGUAGGUGUGGAUGGCUCCUGUUUGCUGAAGGUGGCACCGUAGGGGAGCUCGGAUUGGCACUGCGGCGGGGGGGGAGUUGCAACACAGAGGCUACAAGGGGGGCUUUGCCUGGUCAUGAGGGCCAUGGUGCUGUCGCAGCCACCGGCAGUGCAUGCACUCAGCGCCGGUGCACACGGCAGCGGGUGGGCCCCACAGCAGGGCCGUGGUACUGACACUCACCUGCCUGGGCUUGCUGGUGAAUAGCAAGGAAGAUGGCUUCAGAACCCCAUUCCUCCAAAGUGAAGACGAGGGAAGGAUGCUGAGGGGGGAGUUCUCUGAAGGGAGGGGCAAAGUUGGGAACUGAAAGGAGAGGUUUCAAGUCAGUGUAGGGGGGAGAGAGCUGUUCAGGAGCAGUUCCCUUGGAGCAGGUCAAGGGAGGAGGUUAGCUCUCAGCACAAUGUGAGGACUGUGCCCAGGAAGGCAAUUCCAGAAUGAGUCUGUGUUGUGUAAAUUCUGUUAAACAGUCUGUUUUCUGCACCGUACACUGUACCUUCCUCGGGUCUUGAUGUCUCCAUAGCUCUUAGUGAUCACUAGGCACCUUGGUAGCCCUCCCUUGAGUCUCAAGUGCAUUGCUACAUUGAGCUACAUUGCUACUGUUGAGCCUUUCUUGUCUUGCAAUUCCAGCUUGAGGUGUGGAUCUGUCUGGUGUUUAUCAUGUUGUAGAUGUUUCUGAGCCGUCAUCUCUCACAUCUCUCAUCAUCUCUCACAGUGAAGGCAAGAGAGUGGUGGCAAAUUCAUUUCCACUUCUGCGAGUUCUCUUUUGACAGAGCUGUCUCCAGGGAUUGCAUCCUCAUGUCCAUAACAGUGUUGUCUUUGGCUUCUUGCUCAUCCAUCAUUCUGCUUUUGAUGGCUCUCAUCCACAUCUCUACUGAUGGCUGCAGCAGUCACCACUUUCAGGGCCACUGUAGAGCACCUACACUGUCAUGGCACUGUUGGAUGGACCUCUCUGCUGGUGGGUGCCAGAUUCCCUAUGGAAGUCAGUCACGGUGCUUGCGUGUUGGGUGUCCAUGUCAUGGUGGGAGCUGCCCUGCCCAGGGGUGUAGCAAUACUAAAGACAGGGUACCACAGCCUCAGGAUGGUGUGGUAGUAGGUUGAUCUAUCUAGAUAAUUUGGGCAAAGACCAUAAAAUUCAUCUUUGGGCUGCAGACAGCUGGCACAGUUAUCUUCAUUGACUUUUGUGGGCACCAGUCUCUGGCCUUCAGGGAGCAGUAGUUUGUGUGGUAGUGGAAUGGGCUGGGUCUUGAAUGUGCCUUGGCUUUUACAGGUGGGACUCAUUAUCUAGGUUCUUUUAGCUGUAUUAGUGUAGAGUAAGCUAGAACUGGACAAAGUCAAUAUUUGAUAGACCUUUACUUGUCACGGAUUUCAUAAACCAAAUGAAUUGGAAUGCUCAAGCAUUUCUAACGAUUUUUUAAAGCCUACAGGUUUUUAGAGAAGGUUAAAACUUACUACUUUUAACUGCCUGCUUGCCUGAUGAAUUUUUUGGUCAAAGCCUGGAAUUUUAUUUUUCCAGGUUUGCAAAAAAGUUACAAUAAAAAACCUUACAGAAAAGACUUUAUGUUGAGUGUGAGGGAAUGAGAGCACUGAUCAGGUUUUAUUUAACUGUAAAGGUUUAACCAAAAACUCUAAUUUUUUUUUUUCCAUUAUGGUUUCCUUUGCAAGUGCACCUCUUUUUGCCCAGGAAAGCACUGUUUAGUAGAUAGAAAGCUGCUAUUUUUCCAUGUUCUGUAGCAAAAUGGGAUCAUCUUCAGAGUUUCUGGUCUCUUACAGACUGAGACAGCUUGGGAAUUAAUAUGUGAGCGAUACUGCAUAGCAGUGUAGAACAUUUCACUUUCGAUUGAAGUCCUGUUAAUAUUAUUGAAGUUCUCUGAUGAAAGUUAGGUCAAUGUAAUUUCCUAAGUCAGCUGUGAUUUCUAAAGAUCUUAUAAGAUUGCGGGUUAAAAAGGUGUGAGUAUAUGGAGUGGUUUAUAAUGCAGGUAUAUUUAGUGCCAGAGACAAAAUUGUGCCUAGUCAAAAUGUGAAUUGAAACAUUUUAGUGGUGUAUGUUACAUGAUGCUAAUACACAAAGCAGUGUUAGUAUUCUCAAACACUAUUGCAAGCGCGUGUUUAAGACAACUACAGAGGUAAACAAGCUUUAUGGUUAUUUCAGGGAUCUUUCUGUCUCCAAACUCCUGAGCAGGAAGAAAACGUGCUGAAGGUCCUGCUAAAACAGUCUGAAUGGUGAAGUAUCAAUGCGGGGUAAAUUACGUUUAAAUACUCCUGCUUUAAAGAGCAGAGCAAGCACUUUCCCUGCGUUCCUGUGACCCUUGCGUAUUCAUAACGAUACCCCUUGCAGGGCCAGCAGCUCUGAGUACUGUAUCAUUUAAAGCUGCAGGUCGACAACUUUUACCAACAGGGCCCAUCUCGGAGUGUGGAGGGUGGGCCCCAGGCGGGCGCCCCAACAGCCGGGCCGGGUGCCGCCAUUACCGGGGGUGGGCGCGGGGCCGCGCGCGCCGGGGCGAUGCUGAGGGGACGCACCAUGGCGGGCGUGGGCGAGCGGGCGGCCGCCUCGGCCACCUCGGAAUCUUACACGGGCCGCGGCUCUUCCACGCCAGGCGUGGGCGGGCGGGCGGAGCAGACGCCCCGUUACACCUUGGGGCUUCUUCAGACGCCGCACAGCUCGAAGAGCACCGGGGGCUCCUCCAGCGGCGGGGCACGGCCGGCAGGCUCCAGCGGGGAAGGCCUCGCAGCCGGCUGGGCCGCCGGGAGCAGCGCGGGGAAGCCGGCUGUUUCCGAAAGGGGAGGUACGCUCUCUGCCGGGGCCUUUAUCUGUCUCUUUACCCUCCUGCUGUCUUUGCUCGGGUCGGGUUCUGAAAGAGCUGUUAAAAGCAGUGCCUACUGAGGUGGGGUAGCAGCAACUAGCCCUCGUAGCCGGCCAGAACAGUGGAAAUCGUUCCUUGCACUUCUUUAAAGAAAUCUCUUUUUUUUCUUCAGAUAGUAGUAGCUGAGUUCUCUGGUGGGAUCAAUAAACGUGUUUGAGUUGCUGCAAUAGUGUUUGCUUUAGAGGAGAGAACCGAAACAUCGGUUAUGAGUUUCGGGUUUGUGUUUGAUUUGUUGGUUGUUUUGUUGUUGUUGUUUUUUUGGUUUUGUUUUUAUUUUUUUUGCCUGGCCUUUUGAAAUAGUUUUAAGUGCCUGUCGGUCUCAAUGUGUGGUAAGAACGUUGUGCUCCUACAAUGCAAUACUGCUAUUUGCCAUCCUUUACAAAAAUCGACUAGCAAAGUUUGUAUCUUGGCAGGCAGCAAAAAAAGUUAAAAUUGUGGUGUUUUCAGACGUAACUAUGAAAAGAGUUGGAAAUUACUUUAACACUUGUUGCAAUGAAUUCUGAUGUGCAUGUAUCUCCAUUACGUACAAAUUGGAAAUAAGGUAAAAUGGGUUUGGGUAAUAGAUAUGAUUAAUGAGGAAUCCUAAAAGAUACCCAAACAGAAUGUUAAUUCGAAUAGGGCAUGACUUAAAUGUUGGGUUUGAGAAAUACCUGUGUAUGGUUUGGUUCAUUGGUCUUUGAAAUUACUGGUUUUCCCCUGUUUUGCCAGGUUUGGUACCUUCUACAGGAAGUCUCUUCUGUCAAAAUUCUGAAUGAAUUUAGACCAAAAUCUAAGUGAAUGCUAUUUAAAAAAAAAUUACCAGUAUGCAUUGCGAUGCUGAUGUGUCCACUCUUAAAAAAGUCUCCAAGCAAAGAGUCUGAGCUAAUAUUUUUACCACUUGUCACAGUUUUAAGAUUAAAAAAACUCCCAACCAAACACAAAGAAAAUCCCACCUCACCCUCCAAAAAAUACAAACAAGCCCCAGAGCCCCAGUACUGUAGAUAUUUUUGUACCAGCCAACCUUGAUAAAGAAUCAUGCAAUUAAUUGAUCAUCUAAAAACAAUGCUUAAGUAUUUUGUCUUGUGUGUCAGUUUUUACUAUAAUAUAAGAAACAGAAACAUUUGUGUUUGUGUGUUUUAUAACACCUGGAGUUUUUUAAGUGCAUCUGCUGUUUAUCUUUUCAUUCAUUUUUUUAAUCUUAAAAAGCAGUUAUCUAAACUAGUCUUAAGGAUGUCUUCAGUCAUCUCAAGAGAAUUAAAAACAAGUAAAUUACUUAAAUAAUUUAUUGGAACUUAAAAGUGUUCUGAGACAAAGAUAUUUUGCAGGACUUAAAAACAUAUGUUGAUCUUAAAUAUGUGUGUAAAAGGAGAUGCUGCUAACAAAUACAUUCCAGAUUACUGUAUGAUUUCUGAGAGUUGAUUCCCAGAAACUCAAAGGGUUAUCAUUCCCAAGUGGUUCUUUGUUUACUUUUAUUGCCCUGUUUUUUAAAAGGAAUGCUCAGCUUUUAAAAAAAGAUUUUCAUAAGCAUGUGUACAGUUUUAGGUAAUGAUUUUUAAAUGGGCAAAUGUGAG